AAUCAUCAGUCCUCAGACAUUGCCUGGCGUGAUAAGAACGUUCAAAUUCUCAAUACAGACCCGAUAGAAUUCCGAGAGAAUGCUGCUGCCCAUUGGCAUACUCGUCAUUGUAUUUGCAUUACAGUUGACAGUUGCCGUUGCCGUUGCCUCACCCACGCGCGGCGACAGUCUGCGAGAGUUACGCAAACUCAUGAGACAGCAGGAUGAUGAGCAGCAGCAGCAGCAGUCCCCAGCAUUACAAAGUGAAAAUCAAUUCAACGAAGACAUCAAUCAGUGGGCGCUGUCCCUGGAGCAGCUGGGCAGCGAGAUCUUUCAGUUUGUGGAGCAGUGCCGCCAGCCGGGCAGUCAAUGCCAGCAGAGGCGUGUACAGAGAAGAUUUCGAGCACUAAGGCAUGGCUACACGGAGCUAAGGGCUCGAUUGGAGGCCUUGCAGGUGCACUACAUGGCCAGCAGAUUGAGCAACGAGGACGAGGCCCGAACUGUGGACAGCACUGUGCAGAGGGUCAAGCUGGUGCUCAGGCAAUACGACGAGACGUUGAGGCUAAUCAACGGACAGAUCUACAAGUUGGUGGAUCAAUAAGCCAUAAUUAAAAGUAGGAAAAUAUAUACAAAUAAAGUGAUUAUACCACUAAAAAAAACCGAGAUCAAAAUCGUCAUAGCUUAAAACUAAUUUAAUUUAAACUAAAACGCACUGAUAAAAUUUAUGAGAGUUUUUGAUCGAAGCUAAAGCGAUGCUAAUUGAAAAUUUUGUAGAUAAAUUAAAAGACAAAGAAAGGGAAAAGGAGCUCGUUAAAUAUCAAUUGGACGAUGUAAUAAGCUGCCUGAAAUUCAUAAUUAGAUUUAAGAAUUGAGUGAAAAGAUAAAGAAUCGGAUAUAUUUAAAUAUAGGAAAAUGU